AUGGCUCCUGUGAAGAAUCUAUUGCGAUCAUGGCAAGAAGACGAGAAAUUCGAGGAGCGCCGCAGGGUCUCGUCCGGCUACAAUCCGCUCUAUUCCUACCGCACUGCUCGAGGCCAGGCGAAACACUACCUGCAGCAAUUCGCGGACAUGUACUUCUUGCGCCUGGCAAAGCUCAAACCAGUGGUGGAAAAGGUCGCUGCAGCCGACUGGAAAGACUAUGAGAUUGCGGGAGAAAAAGCACAACGAGUGGAGAGAGUGCUUGAUGUGCGACAGGGUCAAUUGUGCUGGGUCGUCGGGACAAUAUACAUGGACCUGCCAUUGAAACCCAACAUCCUCGAGGACAUAUCGAAAGAACAGUGGCUUACCGGGCUGAAGCUGCAGCAUACAUAUUUGUCACAGGACCGAGAAACGCAGGUCAUGCUGGAGGACGAAUCCGGCCGGCUGCGUUUGACUGGUCCGAUGUUGAACAACAAUCUACUGGUUACGGGCGUCAUUGUCGCAGUCAUCGGAACGGAGAACGCGAACGGCGACUUUGAGGUCUUGGACAUACAUAUUGCGGACUUGCCUAGACAACCCAAGCGAUGGGAACGAGACGAAGAGGAAGGGACAAAGAUGGAUGUUGAUGAACCGGCCAAGAAGAUCGCGCUGGUCAGCGGUCUAGAAAUGUCCGGCACAGACGGCGACGCGCUGCAUUUCUCGCUUCUGUCUGAGUUUCUGCUGGGAGAGGCGCUGGACGAGGAGGACCGACAAGCAGCUAGCAGGAUCUCCCGGCUGAUUAUUGCCGGGAAUUCAAUUGCAUCAGAGUUGGCAGAGGAUACGUCCUCCGACGAUGACGAGAAACCAGGACACCGCAAGUAUGGUUACGAUGCCGCAGCGUAUAACCCGGUUCCCACCGCUCAGCUUGAUCGAUUUCUGGCGGAACUUCUGCCUAGCAUCCCUAUCACGAUAAUGGCGGGUGAACAAGACCCGGCCAACGCGAGCUUACCGCAACAACCUAUCCAUCCGGCAUUGUUCCCCGUUGCCCGAGCUUACUCAACUGCAAACAUCGCCGAUCCCGAGGAAGAAGAGCCAGGCUGGCUCGACAGCGUCACAAAUCCCUGGGAUGGCGAUGUCGAAGGAUGGCGUUUCAUGGGAAACAGUGGGCAGCCCGUCGACGACAUCCUCAAGUACAUCGACCUCGGUGGGCCCGAUGGGACUGGCACAGACGGACGGUUAGAAGUCCUGGCCAGCAUGCUCAGGUGGCGAUGCGGAGCCCCCACCGCGCCGGAUACACUGUGGUGCUAUCCCUUUCAAGACCGAGAUCAGUUUGUCAUUGAUGAAUGUCCCCACGUGCUCUUUGUUGGCAAUCAGCCCAAGUUUGACACCACAGUCAUCCAUGGCCCUGACGGCCAACAAGUCCGACUCAUCACGCUUCCACGAUUCCGCAAGACCGGCGAGCUCGUCUUGGUCGAUUCGGAGACCCUGGAAGUCGAGGUGGUGAAGUUCGACAUUUAUGACCCAGAUCAGACAAACGGGUCGUGA